AAACUAUAUCCAACGUUGAGACCGCCGCUUAGGGCGUCUCCUCCGCAAUCCCCAGUAAACCAAGCAACCCUUCUUCCACCGGAAUCCGUCGUUCCCGAUCGUCUGAGGUAUGCUCUCGAUCUCUAAGCUAUUUGAUCUCUUAUGCUUUCGCUCGAUCUUUGCUCUGAGUUUUAGGGUAUUCUCUUUAUUCGUCCUUUUGACUUUCUGCAUUCGCUCUGUGUUUCAUAUAACUCUGAUACUUGUUUUGCAUUCUGAGCCCAAUGCUGUCGGUGAGAACCUCGAAAGUUGUGGGUUUUUCUCCCGCCGAUAAAGCUCUGCUGGCAUUAUCAGAUGGGGUGGGUUUUUUGGUAGGAUGGUUUGUAGGAAAAGAUGGGGAGAGUUAAUGCAGAUGGUCUCCACUAUCGAUCUGGGGAAAGACCACACGCUCUCAAGAAUAUUAAAAAGGCUAUAAGCAAAGAAAACCAGGAAAAGCCACAUAAGAAGAAGGCACUGAAAGGGAAAGCUUGGAAGGGUGUAACAUGCCCCGUCUGUCUUGAGAUCCCUCACCACUCGGUUGUCCUCCUCUGCUCCUCUUACCACAAAGGUUGCCGUCCUUACAUGUGUGCCACUGGAAACCGGUUCUCAAACUGUCUAGAGCAGUACAAAAACGCCUAUGCCAAGGAUGAGAAGAGCGGUAAACCUGCAGAGCUGCUGUGCCCGCUUUGUCGGGGCCAGGUGAAAGGCUGGACUGUGGUGAAAGAUGCGCGAAAGUUUAUGAAUUCGAAGAAAAGGACAUGCAUGAAAGACAGCUGUUUGUUUUCCGGAAGCUAUAGACAGCUCAAGAAACAUGUUAAGGAGGUUCACCCGAGAGCUAAACCAAGAGCCAUUGAUCCUGUGAUGGAGGAGAAAUGGAAGAAGCUUGAAGUUGAGAGGGAGAGGAGUGAUGUAAUUAGCACACUGAUGUCGUCAACACCCGGAGCUAUGGUUUUUGGAGACUAUGUUAUUGAGCCUUACAAUGAUGAUUAUGAUGAUGAUGACCUUCACUCUGAUGAUUCUCUGGAAGAUGGGUUCUUGGAUCUGGGAUCGCUAGGAGCAUUUGGCAUAAGCCGUUUUCAACAACGUUCUGCUACAGCCAUCACGAGUAGGGGACUUCGCAAUCACUGGAUGAACAACCCCCGACACCGAAGCAGAGGUGGUGGGAACAGAAGGCGGUAAAUGCAAGAUUGAUGAUUUGAUGUUUGAAACAUAUGACCAAAAAUAAAAGCUUUGAGCUUUUAGAGGUUCUGGGUUCAAGAUUUGAAGACUGAGUUGUGCUGUUUGUUCCCUCGACCUUUGAUUUUAAAGAAACGUUUCAUACUUUCAUGUGAUUGCUUUCAUUUGAAAGUAUCCCUAGUUGUUUGCGUCUUUAGUACUUUCAUUUUCUUAACUAUCGGAUUUAAAAAUAUAUAUGGGCAGAGCACAUUUAAACCAACAAAAGAGAACGAUUACAAA